CUUUGGUUUUCUUUUGCGCAUGCGUGUGGCAGCACCAUUGAAAAGCUACACGAAUUUUAAUAUUUAAACAUGUCAGAGAAAGGAGAGGUGGAUUUAACUGGCGCCAAGCAGAACACGGGUGUGUGGCUGGUUAAGGUUCCCAAAUAUCUCUCUCAACAAUGGGCCAAAGCGACAGGCAGAGGAGAGGUCGGGAAACUCCGAAUCUGCAAGAAAGGAAACAUGGGGAAAGCAGAGGUGUCUUUCACAUUGAACGAGGAGCUGACUGUGAUCGAGGGAAUUGAAGAUAAGACCGUGUCUGCGCCUCGUGACCACCCGUUCACCAUGCAGUCAGUGGGAGGUCAGACGCUGGCCGUCUUCACAGAAAAUUCAUCAGGCCAGUCAGAAGAAAGAUCUGAUGGCAGCAGCUCAAAUUCGGGGGCGGGGUCAGGUCCAGAUAAAAUCGCCUUGGAGGGCGUGGUGGUGCAGAGAGCCGAGUGCAGACCAGCUGUUAGCGAGAGCUACAUGAGGCUGAAGAGGUUACAGAUUGAGGAGUCCUCUAAGCCGGCCAGGCUGUCACAGCAGCUGCAGAGUCCGGUCACCAACAACUACAAACCUGUGGCCAACCAUACCUACAAUCUCGAGUACGAGAGGAAAAAGAAGGAGGAGGGGAAGAGAGCCCGAGCUGACAAACAGCAGGUGUUGGACAUGUUGUUCUCUGCUUUUGAGAAGCACCAGUACUACAACAUCAAAGACCUGGUGGACAUCACCAAGCAGCCUGUGAUUUACUUGAAGGAAAUCUUGCGUGACAUCGGCAUCUACAACGUGAAGGGAACACACAAGAACACGUGGGAGCUGAAGCCAGAAUACAGACACUACCAAGGAGAGGAGAAGACCGACGAAUAGAUCCUGACAGACUAUCGUCUUCUUCAGAGGGAGGCUCCUCUCAGAUCAAGCCUUGGUUGGACUUUGGAGCUCUCACCUAAUUCUCUUACAUCAGGUCUGAAAACACACAGGGUAACAAGGUCACGCAGAGUUUUAGAAAGAGAGGCCGAGGUAUCUUAUUUUGUAGGAGACGAGAAGAAGAGGCUGUUUAGGAAAGAGAGGUUUUAUGCUCCUGUGCUCUGUCACCUUCCGUCGUGGUUUCUGUUACAGCUGCAGAGUAACCUGGAGGUAGAUGUUUUUGAUUUAGCUCUGUCCUCCAUCAGAGGCACAAACUCAGCUUUCGAAGAGACAGAAGAUUCGACUCCGAGUCUGAACUUUGAUUAUGGUUUUAUGAUUCAACUGAAAUUAAAUUAAGGUGAACUGAGUGUUUAAGGAUAAACUUUAGGAAGACAAAGGAUGAGACAGGUAAUGCUUUGUACUGCCAAGCUGACUACUUUUCUCUCAACAUUUUGAACUUUUUUUUUUUUAGACCCAAUGUAUCAUGUUUCAGAAUCCUUUGAGAUAAAUUGUCAGUGUUGAUAUUGUAAUUUUAAAAAAUGUGCUUCAGAUGUCAUGUUUUAACUUUUACAUUUGAUUGACUUAUGCAAUAAAUGUGUUUCAAAAAG